AUGAAGCAUAUCUAUGGAUCAUCCCCAUCUUGGACGGCCCCUUUUAGACCAUUUAAGAAAUUCCAGAUAAGUUUCAUCAAUGAAAGAUGUUGCGUUUGGAGUCUGUGUCAGCAGAGAUCGUUCUUGAGAGCAUCAAAGUUCAAUGGUUUUAAGGUUGAAGCAGCAUGGUUCUUUAGAGGGAGAGAACGAGAAUCUGAAGCAAGUGCAGAGAGCAGUGAAUUGGCUUAUGAUGAUAUUGCAAUCUUACUUUUCCAGCUAAGCAUGGCCACUAGAGUGCAGUAUCUUUUGAACGUGGAGCAGUACGACAUGGCACAGCAACUGAGAAACAGACUUUCUGAGGUUGAAGCAGAGGUCAUCAAACAGCAAGAGGAAAAGCGGGGAUUGCCUUCAAAAGGUGAAGCUCAAGAUAAAGCUUUAAGUGUGAUACGUCUCCGUUCAGACCUCCAGAAUGCAAUUGCGAGUGAAGAUUAUGAGUUGGCUGCUACAUUACGUGAUGAAAUUUCUGAACUCGAAGCAGAGACCCUGGCUGCAUCAGCUAAAGUUUUGGCAUAUGAAAAAGCACAAUACACAUUCCGUUUGGGCCAGAAAGUGAGGCAUAAAGUAUAUAAGUACAUAGGCGUGAUAUGUGGUAUGGAUCCAGUAUGCUGCGAAUCAAGUUCAUGGAUGGAAACUGUAAAGGUUCAGAAGUUGUCCCGUGGCUCAUCUCAACCAUUUUAUCAGGUUCUAGUUGACGUACAUGUUGAUCCAAAUCUACUGGUGGCAUAUGUUCCCGAGGAGAAUCUUUUAGCCCUUGAUGCACCUGACAUGGUUGGAUCAUCCAUAUAUCGCAAGUCUAUUCUAUGGUAUGGAUUCAGCAGGAGACUACAUCCCAGUUAAGCAACUGAGGGAGAAGCACAACAGACCAAGGCAUGAAAUACCCAUUGACCAACCAAAUAAUGAAGAUGAAGGCAGAUCUUAGGUUAAUAAUCCCAAUUUAAUAUAAGAGAGUCAUUUGAUCAUCUUUGCUGGAAAACUCAUUGACCUUUUGUUGGUCCCUCAAGAAUGACUUCCUCUUGCGCUCGCCCAUCUUCCCUUGGUUUGGAUAGGGAGAAAACUAAGAAAAAAAUGAAGACUAAGAAGAAAAUGUCUUUUUAGUUUUUACUA